UGCUGGGCGCCGGUGCCCCCAUGCGUCCUCCUGCAGAGGCACAGCGUCCUGGUCGUCGCCCUGGGCCUCCCGGGAACAGCCCCGGGGCGGGGGGGGCGGCCCAGAGUGCUGCCCUGCUUCCCCUGCUUCGUCACCCCCACCCCCCCAGCUCCUCCCAGAGCCCAGGACUCGGACACUGGACACUGGGCUUGUGGCAGGGUGUCCCCAGGCACCCGCUGCUGGAGUCCAGGUGUGUCCUCUAACCGUCCUAACGACCGCUGACCCCGUCGCCGCAGGGUGGUCGGCGGGGUAAACGGGGUCCCGGGAGGGAGCGCACGGAGCCCCUCUGCUCCGGGAACCGGCCGCCGCGGGUCCAGCUGGGUGCCCCGUCCCUUCCUCUGUGCCCGGCCCCCAGCCUGGACUCACCCUGUCUGGUUUCUGGGGCCCUUCCCGUCCCAGCCUGGCCGGCGAGGGCAGGGCAGACUCGCUCCAGGCCUGAUCCGCUGCCCCUGGUCGUGCACAGCCCGUGAGCAGAGUCGCGGGGACGUCUCUAAAUGGUGGAGCAAAACUCAAAGAGGACGCGUCUGUGGCGAGAGCGAGUCACCCGGACUCCGAUCGCCGCGAGGAGGGUGGCGUCACGUCGGAACACGGCCCCCGGCGUUCACGCGCACAGGUCACGGCCGCGCCUCCUCACCUGCAUGUCACCUGCGGCUGCGCUCAGACGCCGCCUCUGCAGGUCGCACUUCCUGCCCCCCUGCCCCGGCCCCUGCUGUCCCGGCUGUGUGAGCACCAGAGGAGGGCGGGGCACCGCGGGGACCCAGACUUUGCAGCGGUGCUGCCGUGCUCUGCCCGUCUGGCCUUUCUCUGCAGCCCCCCCCCCCCGUCCCCCGGAAAGGCAGGAAGGACAUUUCUCCAGGACGCGGGGCUCCUCCGAGGCCGGAAUCUGUGAGAACGCGGCUGCGAGGACCGGCGAGGACCGGCGAGGACCGCCAGGCCGAGGGUGCGGACUCUCCUGGGGCCGGCGCACGGGCCGGCGCCGAGGGCAGGAGCUCGCAAGAGGAUGGCGGCGGAAGCUGUCGCCACCUCAGCUUCGGACCAGGGAGAGAAGACCAUCCCACCUGGUCAGUGCAGAAGGUGACGAAAGUGACACAUGCUCGUCGUGGAAAACUUGGAAAAUACAGAAGAAACUAGAAAACCACCCUCUGCCCCACCUCCCAGGGAUGUCCGCCGCUAACACGCACGGCCUCCCCCGUGUGCGUGGGGCUUUCGUCCAAUAAAAUGGAAUGACAUU